AUGGAGAUGCUCAUUGCAGCUAGAUUCAUCUCCGGAAUAGGUGGUGGUGGUAUUUUUACCACUUCUUCAAUUGUGAUUAGCGACAUGUAUAGCAUGAGGUCCCGGGGACUGGCUCAAGGUGUUGCCAGCGUGUUCAAUGGCCUAGGCAUGGGGCUGGGCGGGCCAUUCGGUGGAAUCAUUACCGAUUGGCUCGGGUGGAGAGCAGCUUUCUUAAUACAGAUCCCCAUAUUCAUGCUGGCCUUCGCAUUGACGUCUUUCAAUCUCAACUAUACUACGCCUGGUAAAAGCAGAAGCGCAAAAGAGGUUCUUAGACGUAUAGACUACGGAGGUAGCCUGACCCUUCUCGUGACGGUUGGCUCCCUCCUGUUCUUCUUGGCCACAAAGUAUAACGAAGGGCUACCCUGGUCGGACCCCAGUGUCAUGACGUCCGUGGUUGUCGCUGGUGUCUUCGCUGUACUUUUCCUCGUAGUGGAGCUUUUUAUCGCUCCAGAGCCUGUAUUGGCACCGUCGUUACUGCGGCAAAGGAUACCUGUUCUUGUCGGAAUGAGCAACUUCCUAGUCGCCACAUGUAACUUCUCUGUCAUGUAUUUCUUCCCCAUGUGGUUCCAAACCGUGAUGUUAACGAGCGCAUCGACCGCAGGCCUUCACCUGUUUCCGAACAGCAUAUCAAUGUCUAUCGGAUCGAUGUUCGCCGGAUGGUGGAUGCAUCGUACCGGCAGAUACAAGUUUAUCAAUAUCACAUUCGGCGCAUGUCCAUUCAUCGCAACUGUACUCAUUACCAGAAUGCGGGAAUCUUCCGGUCCUCUACAAUUAUGGCUGAGCAUUAUUCCCCUUGGCUUUGGCAAUGCUGUAGUGCUUCAAACGAUGCUCAUUGCACUGCUGGCUCAUCUCCCCGAAUCCCAGAUGGCCAUCGGUACUGGUUUUGGUCAGCUUUUCCGAGGCAUUGGUCAAGUUGGCGGGGUCGCUAUAUCAUCGGCCAUUUUUCAGCAGCGUCUGGACAGCGAACUUCGCGCCAGAAUCACCGGCCCGAACGCAGAGGAGUGGAUCACGAAGAUCCGGCACUCGGCAAAACUCGUGGGCAGUUUGCCGCCAGAGAUGCAACGGACCGCCCGAGAUGCGUAUGCUAUAAGUUUGAAACAAGUCUUCAUCUUUGCGUCUGUCGCGACAUUCUUUGCGUAUCUUGUGCGCUUGCCUAUUCCUGAAAAAGCGCUGGAGCAUCAACCACGCCCGAUUCCCGGCUCUUCACCUAAUCAACAAAGCCCUACGUUGACUUCGAUACCGGAAACACCUUUUGAUUCGGAAGAUGAUGAGGAUGAGGAUGAAAUCGUCAUUGCUCCAGGUCCGAAAGGGAAAAUCGCCAGGCGACUUUCUGGGUAUGAAUCCGCUGACGGUGUAAUGGACUUGGAGAGCAAUGCCUCUCGCCGUUUGCAUCAACGCUGA